AUGGAUGCUAACGAGACAAUUGUGGUGGAUAUAGACGACGAGUACCUUCGUCAGGCGCAGGAGGAGGCUGCAUACGAUGCUUGGUUUUCUUCUCCGCCCCCAAGCCGAUGGUUCUGCAUCAUGACAGGUUCCAUCGUGUUCAUCCUCCUCUACUGCGCGCCCUACAUAACCGAUGCUAUUCUCGCAUCCGUCGCCAUAUUUGUAUUCAUAUCGGCCAUCUUCUUGCCUCCUGUUAUACUGUUAGUCAUGCUGUUCCGUCCGCUAAGGCGUUGGGGAAAGGCAAACGAAGAUGGUGAAAAUAGGGGUAAGAGAUUGGCUACAUCUCUGCGUUCUAUUUCCUACAACAGUCCAGAUAUCUUGAAUGGUCAGAUUGGCAUUGUUAAGAGAAAGUAGACGGGUAUAGGGUUCAUUCAUAUAAUAUGUAUCUUCCUAUGCGGAUAAUAAUAAUAUAAUUCUUCUAAAUUCCGUGUACCACUCCCAUAGUCAUCUUAUAUUAAUAGAAAACC